AGUUAAGACCCGAAAAGGCCAGAGAGAAGCAGAAAAACUGCCACACCGACCGAAUCCGUAAUAAAAAAUCCAUCGCGAUGGAUGUGGAAGUCGAUGACAAAGACCUAAAAGCCGCUGGCGCCGAGAUUUUAACCGAUGGCCGUCAUGGACUCCGCAUCCAUGGCUGGGAAAUCGUAUCUUGCAACGGCGCCAUUCUCAAGUCCUCCUCUCUGAUCACAUGGGAAGACAAGCUAAAAACUUCUCAUUUACCAGAGAUGGUUUUUGGAGAAAGUUGUUUAGAACUUAAACAUGCGACUAGUGGUACCAAAAUUCAUUUCAAUGCGUUUGAUGCCCUAACUGGCUGGAAACAAGAGGCUUUACCUCCGGUCGAAGUCCCUGCUGCUGCACAAUGGAAAUCUAGAAGCAAACCAUUCCAGCAGGUGAUAUUGGAUUAUGAUUAUACAUUCACGACGCCUUAUUGUGGUAGUGAAACAAUGGAAUUGGAUAUAGAGAAGAAAGACAGCGGGGGAAUUUUGGAGGCUAGCUGCAGCCCCUGUUGGGAAGACUGUGAAGAGCAAAUUGAUGUGGUUGCACUUGCUUCAAAAGAGCCUAUUCUUUUCUAUGAUGAGGUAGUCUUGUAUGAAGAUGAACUGGCUGAUAAUGGGGUGUCACUUUUAACUGUAAAAGUGAGAGUCAUGCCAAGUUGCUGGUUUCUUCUUUUGCAAUUCUGGCUUAGAGUUGAUGGGGUGCUAAUGAGAUUAAGGGACACUCGUAUGCAUUGUGCUUUUAGUGAAAGUGCAAAUCCUAUUGUUCUUCGAGAAAGCUGCUGGAGAGAAGCCACCUUUGAAGCUCUGGCUGCUAAAGGAUAUCCUACAGAUUCUGCUUCAUAUAGUGAUCCAAGCAUCAUCAGCCAAAGGCUUCCCGUCAUCGUACACAAGACUCAAAAGCUUAAGGUCCACUGUAAUUUUUGAGGCUGUAAAUUGUCUUUGUGCAUGAAGAUUUGAAUUGCUUACAAUGUUGAGGCCAUAUAGAAAUGAAGUCUUUUCACGUGGAUUGUGGAUUUUAUUUGCUUAUUAGACUGUAAACUAUUUUAUGAUUUUAUUUGUGGAAAGAGAAAAAGGAAACGAUAUUCAAUGGAUGAACAAAGAUAUUAGUUUAAGAUA